AUGGAGCGCCAUAAGAAAAGAGAGAUUCGCGAUCUGAAUGAGAGAGCUUGGGCGGGUGAGACUGACUUAUUCCCCGUCAACAAAUCUCUCGACUCAGCUCUCAAAAAGAACACCGCAUUUAUCAAACGACUUCGCACUGGUAUCAUCGCCUCCGCGCAGGCAACCUUCUUAUCCGAUAUCCGUACCCUUUCCCUCCACAAGUAUCUAUCCGAAAUCAUCUCCGCCUGCUAUGAGGGCAUCUGCAAGCUAAAGUCCCCCGCGGAAAUCGCCGUGGGCGUGGAGAUUGUAUGCGCUUUGCAUCAGCGAUUUGGUCCGGUUGAGUUCACUUGCCAGAUUGGCUGGCUCCUCGGCCGCGGACUGAGCUCACCAGAUAAGGCGUCGCUAAAGUCGCUGAACCAGGAACUCCGUGAGCGGGAGGAGAAAGACCGUCUGUCGCGCCACCGCGUCUUGCUUCGCGUUGUCACUGAGCUAUGGCUAGUUGGUGUCCUGCGUACUUUGGACGACGUUGAACGGCCGGAAGAUUUGGGCGCAAAGGGAAAGGAGCAAUCCCUCAAGCAAUCGGAACUCCCAUUCAAAUUGAAGACACAGUUUUCGAAGGACCAAGACAAGCAAGGAGAGCCAUUCCCUCUAGAGGUGCUGAAGGAGCUACUCGGUCACGACCGCGACCAUACGAAUUUGCCUCUCGCAGUCCUGUUCGUCAAGAGUUUCAGCUGGGAUAUCUUGGGUACCAAACUUGCGGAGGACGGUCGCAAGACUGUGGAGGCUGAUGGGGCUACAAUAGCUACGGAACAGGAAAACACGGCGACUAGCGCAGAAGCCAUCGUGGAGGCUGACCCGCCGCUCGUUUCGGAAAAAAUUCGCCAGCGCUUCAAGAAUGUCCUGAACCGGUACUUGGAAGAUGUCAAAGCGCAUGUGAUUCGCGAUCAGAAGGCAUUGGCUUCUCAAAACCGCCGAAACACUGAGGCAUACGUGAAGAGCGGUGAGAUCUUUGAAGAUCGUCAGUCCAGCUAUGAGAAACAGUUGAAAACCCUCGAAAGACUUGUGGCAAAUACUCAGGUGCUGUGUGAGGCCCUGGGGGCCGAUAUGCCCGAUCUGGCACAGAAAGAGACCAAUGAAGCGUCCUCUAACGGCGGGAUUGGCCUUGUCAAGACCACCGACUACUUACGUGGCCAGGGUGAUGGUGCCGGUAUUUGGGAAGACGAAGAGGAGAGACGAUUUUACGAGAAUCUAGCCGAUCUCAAAGGGAAAGUGCCUGCAGUUCUUCUAGAUGAUGGAAAGAAAAAGAAGAGUGAGGUGGAAGAAGGUGGCAGAGACGAUGGUGAGAUACUAACAGACUCUUCUCUAGAGAAGGAAAAGUCGACCGCAGAUUUAGAAGACCAGUCCACAAUUAUUGUUAACAAGACCGUCGGAGCUCAGGUGGAGGCUCUUCUUAGCAAGCUUCCGGAAUUGCAGAACAAAGACCAAGUCGAUGAGUUUGCCCUUGACUUUUGCUUCGUCAACUCGAAGGCAUCCCGCAACCGACUUGUGAAGGCCGUUUCGGAUGUUCCCAGAGGCCGCCUUGAUCUUUUGCCCAUCUAUGCCCGUCUGGUGGCUACUCUUGGCCAAUAUUUGCCAGAUAUCCCCCAAGGAUUGACUGCUUACCUCGACGAGGAGUUCCGGAGUCUCCAGCGACGUAAAUCAAAGGAGUUCCUGGGUCAAGUGCGUAUGAGCAAUGUGCGAUACCUUGCAGAGCUGACCAAAUUUGGUGUGGUACCGGAGCACAUUAUCUUUCACUGCUUCAAAGUCUCGCUUGACGAAUUCUCACGAAUGAACAUUGAGAUCAUCGCGAAUCUUUUGGAGAAUUGUGGUCGUUACCUGCUGCGGAACCCUGAGACCUCGCCACGAAUGGCCUCCUUUUUAGAGACUCUCAACCGGAAGAAGAAUGGUCAACACUUGGGUCAGCAGGAAAGGAUGGUAAUUGAAAACGCUAUCUACUACGUUGAUCCGCCGCCACGACCGGCCAUCCAGCAAAAGGAGCGCACGCCAAUGGAGCAGUUCAUUCGCCGUAUGAUGUAUCUGGAAUUGAAUAAGCGCAACUACACCAAGAUUCUCAAGUCUAUCCGCAAGCUUCACUGGGAAGAACAAGAGGUUGUUGACAUCCUCGAACGCGUUUUUAGUAAGCCGGUCAAGGUCAAGUACGGCAAUAUUCAUCUCAUGGCAAUUCUUGCUGGUGCACUUUAUCGCUACCAUCAGGAAUUCGUCAUCGGUGUGGUGGAUAACACCUUGGAGCAGAUCACAUUGGGUCUGGAAAUGAAUGAUUUCAAGUUCAACCAGAAGCGCAUUGCUGAAGCUAAGUAUUUGGGUGAGCUUUACAACUACAAAAUGAUUGACUCUCCUGUCAUUUUUGAUACGUUGUACCGCAUCAUCACUUUCGGCCAUGAAGGUGGCACCCCAGUUCCAGGAAGGAUUACGCCAUUGGAUCAGCCAGACGACUUUUUCCGAAUUCGCCUCGCGUGUACCAUCCUCGAUACCUGCGGUCACUGCUUUGAUCGCGGAUCUGCAAAGAAGAAGCUUGAUUUCUUCCUUGCCUUCUUUCAGUACUAUCUGUUCACGAAAGACCCACUGCCUAUGGAUGUCGACUUUCUGGUUCAGGAUACGUACUCCCUCGUCCGUCCGGAGUGGAAGCUAGCUACUAGCUAUAUGGAGGCUACUCGUAUCUUCAGCGAGGCUGUCGCUCAGAAUUAUAAACAGGAUGCCGAAAGACCUAUUGAACUUGAUGAGGAGGAUGCAGAGAGCAGUUCAUCGGAUGAGGAUCUUGAGGACUACGUGAUUCCGGAGAUUGAGGAUGAGCAGGAAGUCAGUGAUGACGGAGAGGAAUCUGGUUUGAACUCCGAUUUAGAUGAUGAAUCUGACUUUGAGGGUGAACAGAUCGUAGUCACUCGACAAGAGGAGGAAAGAGACCCGGAAAUCGAGGCUGAUUUCGAUCGUGAAUACGAAAAGAUGAUGGCAGAGAGCAUGGACUCUCGACGAUUUGAGCGCAAGGCCGGAUUUGAUAUUCCCCUGCCCAUGAGACAGCGCCCGGUCCGUGAGAUGGCAAACGUCGAAUCCUCGUCCGAUUCUGCCCCCGUAGAACCAGUGGCACCGAUGCCAGCCAGCACUGUGGCUUUCUCUUUGAUGACGAAGAAGGGAAACAAGCAACAGACUCGCACUAUCGAUCUCCCAUCUGACUCGAGCUUUGCUGUCGCCAUGCGGAGCCAGCAGCAAGCUGAUCGCGAAGAACAGCAGCGCAUCAAGAAUUUGGUUCUGAACUAUGAGGCAUCGGCCGAGCCCGAGGCUGAAGAAUCCCCGGAAAAACGUGGACCUGUUAACCAGCGACUGGAUAAAUCAGCUGCGAGCCGAUCUGCCUUCCGAUCCCGCAAGCUUCAGCUCAGCGACGUUAAUUGGUAA